CAGGGGCAAAAAUUCACUUGAGACCAUCUGUCUUCUUUUAGCUUACAAAAUAAAGUAUCCCAACAACUUUUUCCUGCUCCGUGGUAAUCAUGAAUGUGCAUCUAUAAACAGAGUUUAUGGUUUUUAUGAUGAGUGCAAAAGACGAUAUUCAGUAAAAUUAUGGAAAACUUUCACAGACUUGUUCAAUUGCUUACCUAUCGCUGCACUAAUCGAAGGUACAAUAUUUUGCAUGCAUGGAGGGCUUUCACCACAGCUUGUUGAUUUGAACCAGAUCAAAAAGAUUCAAAGACCAUUGGAUGUGCCAGAAAGCGGGCUGGUCUGUGACCUUUUAUGGGGAGACCCUGAUGAGCGUGUGGUAGGCUGGGGUCAAAACGACAGAGGAGUAAGCUACGUUUUUGGUUCAGAUGUUGUUCGAGGGUUUCUACGACGGCAUGGCGUUUCUUUAAUUGUAAGAGCACAUCAGGUUGUGGAAGAUGGAUACCAAUUUUUUUCACAACGAGCAUUACUAACACUUUUUUCUGCUGCGAAUUAUUGUGGCGAAUUUGACAAUGCUGGGGCAGUGAUGUCGGUGUCAGAAGACCUCACAUGCUGUUUCAGUAUUUUACCACAGGAUUCUGAUCCAGCUCACAAGGCCAGAUCAACUCAGCAGUGGCUGCAAAAAAACAUUCCAGAGUUCAUCUCUGCCUCAGAUGAACGCACUAGAUUAUCGGAUUUGGUCCGAACUGGUGAGGAUGGCAUCCCACAGAGCACUUUCCUCAAGAAGUGCACGCAGCUGCUAUUUAUCACUAGCCACGGAGAUCAAAUACCUUCACACAUCAUUCACUUUGAGCCUCAUCUCUUGGAUGUGAAUGAAGGAUGUGAAGUUACCAAUAUGUAUAUCAAUUGA